AUACAGAGGGAGAAGAAGAGACGUAUGUGACUGAUAUAAAGGCAGAAGAUAUAGAGGGAGAAGAAGAGACGUAUGUGACUGAUAUAAAGGCAGAAGAUAUAGAGGGAGAAAAAGAGACAUAUGUGACUGAUAUAAAGGCAGAAGAUAUAGAGGGAGAAAAAGAGACAUAUGUGACUGAUAUAAAGGCAGAAGAUACAGAGGGAGAAGAAGACACGUAUGUGACUGAUAUAAAGGCAGAAGAUUCAGAGGGAGAAGAAGACACGUAUGUGACUGAUAUAAAGGCAGAAGAUACAGAGGGAGAAGAGGAGACGUUUGUGACUGAUAUAAAAGCAGAAGAUAUAGAGGGAGAAGAAGAGACGCAUGUGACUGAUAUGAAGGCAGAAGAUAUAGAGGGAGAAGAAGAGACGUAUGUGACUGAUAUAAAGGCAGAAGAUACAGAGAGAGAAGAAGAGCCGUAUGUGACUGAUAUAAAGGCAGAAGAUAUAGAGGGAGAAGAAGAGACGUAUGAGAGGGGUGAUCAGCAGUGUAAGGAGGAGGAGAUCCCUACAGAUAUCAGCAAAGAUGGACACACAAGCAGGAAUAUCACAGAAGGACAUCUAAUGUUAUCCCCGGAUUGUGACAUAAAAGAUAAUGACAGUAGACAGGAUUCUCCAGAAGAUAACCCCAUUACCCCAAUUAUACAUCCAGCUCUAUCAGCUGAUCCCUCUGAUCCUGGGAAAUGUUCUCCUGAUCACUCUGAUAUUGGUGCAUCUGUUACAGCUCUGACAGGAGAUAUGGAGUUUCCCUGUUCUAUAGAUGCCAAAUGUUUUAUACAGAACACAAAGCUUAUUACCCAUCAGCCAGCUAAGGUAGGUAAGAGGCCAUUUCCAUGUUCUGAGUGUGAGAAAUGUUUUACACAGAAAUCAGAUCUUGUUAAACAUCAGAGAAGUCACACCGGUGAGAGGCCAUUUUCUUGCUCUGAGUGUGGGAAAUGUUUUAUCCAGAAAUCACAUCUUGUUAUACAUUACAGAAGUCACACAGGUGAGAAACCAUUUUCUUGCUCCGAGUGCGGGAAAUGUUUUACACAGAAAUCACAUCUUGUUAAGCAUCAGCGAAGUCACACAGGUGAGAAUACAUUUCCAUGUUCUGAGUGUGGGAAAUGUUUUACACAUAAAUCACAUCUUGUUACACAUCAGAGAAGUCACACAGGUGAGAAACCGUUUUCUUGCUCCGAGUGCGGGAAAUGUUUUACACAGAAAUCACAUCUUGUUAAUCAUCAGCGAAGUCACACAGGUGAGAAUACAUUUCCAUGUUCUGAGUGUGGGAAAUGUUUUACACAGAAAUCAGAUCUUAUUAAACAUCAGAAAACUCACACAGGUGAGAAGCCAUUUCCAUGUUCUGAGUGUGGGAAAUGUUUUGCACGCAAAGCAGAUCUUGUUAAACAUCAGAGAACUCACACAGGUGAGAAGCCAUUUUCUUGCUCUGAAUGCGGGAAAUGUUUUACACAGAAAUCAAAUCUUGUUAAACAUCAGCGAAGUCACACAGGUGAGAAUCCAUUUCCGUGUUCUGAGUGUGGAAAAUGUUUUGCAUACAAAUCAGAUCUUGUUAAACAUCAGAGAAGUCACACAGGUGAGAAGCCAUUUUCUUGCUCUGAGUGUGGGAAAUGUUUUACCUGGAAAUCGCAACUUUAUACACAUCUUCGAAGUCACACAGGUGAGAAGCCAUUUCCAUACUCUAAGAAGUAAAUCAGCUCUUGUAGACAUCAGUCAGGUGAGAAACCAUUUUAAUCUUCUGGGGUAUACUUAUUGCCAUAUGAUGUUCUUCAAGAUUCUUAUCCUAUCUCCUAUGCUUUUUGCAAUAUACAUGCUACCGCAUGGUGAAAUAAUCAGACGUCAUGUACUGAU